AAAAAAAAUCUACCACAUUUCCCGGCUUUUGCACAGAAAAAUAUUAAAUAAGCUUAUUUGAAGGGAAUCAUCAAGAUGAACGAUGCAAUAAAGCAAGCAAUCUUUGACGAACUGAAUAUUAUCUUAAAGGAACCAGGACAAAAGAAUGAGGAGCGUUUAAAUCAUCUAAAAUUCACUGAAAACUAUGGAAUUUAUUUAGCUGAAAUCACACUGGAUGAAUCUCUUGAUCCUGGAUUACGACAAUUAGCAUCAGUGCUUUUGAAAAAGUAUGUCGAUGACCAUUGGAGUCCAGAUCCAGACAACGAUGAUCAUACUCAACUUGUAGCUAGUGAUAAUGUAAAGCAUGCAAUUAAGGCUAUUCUUCCAAAAGGAUUAUAUUGCACAAACUCGAAAAUCCGUAAUACAGUCGCCUAUACUAUUAGUGCUAUUGCAAGUGUCGACGACUGGAUUGAACUAUUUGAUAUUAUUGUAGCAUGUCUCGCUGGAAACGAAGAUUCUGUUCAUGGAGCAAUUCAGGUGCUUGUGGAAUUUACAUACGAAUUAGAAGAACGAGUCAAAACUGUUGGUCCAAUAAUUUUAUCUGAAAUUUAUCGUAUAUAUACUUCGGAAGCACAAUUUACCCUUAAAACAAGGACAUCAUCUGUUGAAAUCCUCAAUUCAAUCCUUAAAUGUGCUAAUAUGCAUAUUGACCAAAAGGAACAAGGAACAAUCUUUAAUCCAAUUCUUCCAGCUUUCUUAGAAAAAUUAAUGGCUGGAUUAUUAACUCCAAACAGCAAUAGUAGUAAUUUCCAGCUUAAAACAGAAAGCUUAAAGAUCUUUACUUAUAUGAUAUCCGAAAUGCCAAAAUAUAUUCAGCCUUAUAUGCAAAACUUAUUGCCUUCAAUUUGGUCACUUCUUACACAAAUGGCUGACAUUUACAUCAAGUCGAUCGUAAAUGAAAGUGACAUUGAUGCUUUCGGAGGCGAUGAGGACGAAAAGAAUAAUUUUAUUAAGAUGAUCCUGCAAGUUUUUGAGUUAAUUCACUCGAUUGUUGAAAAUAAGAAGUUUAAAGGAACAAUUAAGGAUGUUAUCAAUGAUCUUGUCUAUGUCUUAAUUCUAUACAUGCAGAUAACUGAUGAACAAAUACUUUUGUGGUCUGAAGAUGUUGAACAGUUCAUUGAGGAUGAAGAUAAUUCAGGCGUUGAUUAUUCUAUUCGAUCGUCCGGAAAGGAUAUCCUUAUGAGGCUUGGAGAGGAAUUUGAAAAAGACUUUGCAGCUGGAUUAACUGAUUCUAUUAGAAAGCAUUUAAAUGUAUCGGAUAUAGAACGGAAUAGUGGAAAAAUUUCGUGGUGGAAACCACACGAGGCUGCAAUGCUUGCAUUUGGAAAUACAGAAUUUAAGGAACUGAUUCUAGCAUGUCCAGAACAAUUUAAUUUGAUGGAAUAUUUGAAUUUAUUGAAAGGCUUAAUGGGAUGUUAUGAUUCACCAUUUUUACUUGGUCGCUGUUUAUUCACAAUAUCAAAAUUCAUAGCUACAGAUCAAGGAAUAAUUCAUUUAAAUGAUGCAGUAAAUACAACACUUGCAUGCUAUGAAAAUGAUAAGCCAUUAACGCUCAAAGUUUAUGCUAUUCGUUCAACUUAUGAGUUUUGUACUAAUUUAAAGGAAACAAAUCCAGAAAGAAAGGAAUUCAUGGUCAGCAAAUUAGGAAACUUCUUGGACGGCAUUUUACAGAUAAUUCCAAUAUCUCAAAGUACAUUGAUGGGAUUAAGUUUGGAAUCUUUAAGUGAAUUGUUAGCAUUUGAUUCCAAUUUUACAGCAUCAACGGCACCAAGAGUCAUUCCUUUGAUUCAAGCUUUAUUCCUAAAAUAUCAUGAUGAUCGCUAUAUUCUUGAACAUGUCUUGGAUAUCCUCAAAAUAUGGUCACAAAAUCCAUACUGCUUAAUUCCUUUACAAGAAAAAGUUGUGCCAACAUUAAUUAAAAUUUUAAAUCUACAAGGCGAACAAGUAAAUGCACCGAUGCAGGAUAUAGCACUUGAUGUUCUUGAAACUAUUGUUAAAUAUUCAAAAGCUCCAUUAAGUGUUCAAUUAAUUGAGCAAGCCUUUCCCGCCGCAGUUAAUUCUAUUUUACGAUCAGAAGAUCAUUCAGUAUUGCAAUCAGGUGGAGAGUGCCUUAGAGCAUUCUUAUAUGUAGCUGCAGAGCAAGUUUGUACCUUCCAAAAUGGCAAAGGUCUAUCCUCAAUUCUGGAUGUUCUUACAGUCUUGUUAAAUCCAACUUCUACAGAAUCCUCAGCUACUUUUGUUGGACGACUAGUCAUUACACUCAUUACAAAGGCUGGAAACUUUUUAGGAGAAAAGAUUGAUUUAUUAUUGAAGGCUGCAUUAAGUAAAAUGCAACUUGUUGAAAGCUUGCAUGUUAUCAUGUCAUUAAUUAUGAUUUUUGCCCACUUGUUCCUUAUUCAAAUUGAUGCUGUCAUGAACUUCCUUAGCUCAAUUCCAGGACCUUCUGGCGAACCAGCCAUGAAUUUUGUAUUCUCAAACUGGCUUAGUCGUCAGCAUUUAUUCUAUGGAACUUACGAGAGAAAAGUCAGUGUCAUGGCAUUAUGUAAAAUAUUCGAGUAUGGAAUUAAUACACAAGAUCAGCGUUUAGUUAAUGUCAUGCUUAAAGAUGUUGUUGAAGUUCCAUCCGUUAAUAACAAAGUCCGUACUAGAUCACAAACGGUAAAUAAUCAGCAAGUCAUCACAGUUCCUAUUAUGGUUAAAAUCUUCAAAUUGUUAAUUAAUGAACUUACUAAUUUGAGAGAAAUUAAGAAUGCCUUGAAUAAUACGACACAAAGUGAUGAUGAUGACGAUAGUGAUUCUGAAAAUAAUGUUUUGGAUGAUGGAACUGGAAAGAAUUUGAAUGCUUUUAUGUUGUUUGAUGAUGAAGAGACAACCGAAGAUGAUCAGUUAUUACAAGACCUGAUGCACGAUCCAAUAUUCCAAGAAGACACAGAAGUCUCGCUUACAAACUUCCUCACAAACUUUAGUCGAAAUGAAAUUUUUAAUGCUUUUGUUGAGCAAUUGACUGGAAUCGAGCAGAAGCUCCUCCAAAAUUUGAAUAUCUGCAACUAAGGACGAUUAUUAAUGUUACUUCCUUACGAAAAGUAUGUAAAAUUAUGUUUGUUAUUAUGAAAAAUUUAUUAAAAAAAUCAAUAUCUGUUUUAUAUUACAUCCUGUG